CGAAGUGUCUUUAGUCGUAGUCGCCAUUUUCAGGAAAGUGGAAGGCUAAUACCGUGCAUGUGUGUCUUUUUCUCAGUGGUUUUAUACCCAAAUGGCUUGCUUGAAUACACUCAAGCAGGAGAUAAAAACUCUUGAGUCUGUCUUCCCAAAGAGCCAUGAGAGAUUUCAGAUAAUGUCUGCUAGUGUCGACGAGCUUAGUUGUAGAUUCGUCGGUAAAAAUGGAAAGAAAUAUGAAAUACAUGCAAAUAUCACAGAGACGUAUCCAUCAACACCACCAGUAUGGUUCGCUGAAUCCGAAGAGACCAGUGUGACAAAUGCUGUACAAAUAUUGAGCAACACAACGGGUCGUGACAACCAUGUUAUUAAUCAAGUAGGAAUAUUGUUAAAAGAGUUAUGCCGACUACACGCAUUGCCGGAGCCACCGGACGUUGAGAGACUGAGAACAGCCCUGGAUCCACUUCGAUUGGGAGGGACUAACGACGUUGUAGCCCAGGGAAUGGAGGCUGAGGACACUGAGGAGAUUGAGGAGGAUGAGGACAGUGAGUCAGAGGAGGAUUUACAUUUGGAUAUGGACGAGGGGGAGGCUAAUGCGAAGAGUAAGGCUGACGACAUGGAUCUGGAACACUUAGCGACAUUAGAAAGGUUGAGACAAAAUCAGAGACAAGAUUACCUGAGAGGCUCUGUAUCAGGUAGUGUUCAAGCAACUGAUAGACUUAUGAAGGAACUGCGGGAUAUUUAUAGGAGUGACAGCUUCAAAAAGGGCAUGUACAGUAUAGAGCUGGUGAAUGAAAGUCUCUACGAGUGGAAUAUCAGGCUGAUGUGUGUAGAUCCUGAUUCACCUUUGCACAAAGAUCUCGUUUUGUUGAAAGAGAAGGAGGGGAAGGAUAGUAUUCUCUUGAAUAUGAUAUUCAAGGAAACUUAUCCGUUCGAACCACCAUUCGUACGUGUCGUUCAUCCAAUAAUAUCCGGUGGCUAUGUUCUUGUGGGUGGUGCUAUCUGCAUGGAAUUGCUCACUAAACAGGGAUGGAGUUCAGCGUACACUGUGGAAGCUGUUAUAAUGCAAAUUUCAGCGACCCUAGUUAAAGGAAAAGCCCGAAUACAGUUUCAGGGCGCUAGUGGAGCUGGCAAAGUGUGCGGAGGACAGGGACAAUACAGUCUGGCGCGUGCACAGCAAUCCUUCAAAUCUCUAGUUCAAAUACACGAAAAGAAUGGCUGGUUUACACCGCCAAAGGAGGACGGCUAAUGGUGCGAGAAAAAUAUAUUUAAAAAUCCAUCAACAAUUGAACGAGAAACAAGAGAGACAAUGCAACUUGUGAAGUAGAAUCUGAAUAUGACGCGUGCUUAUUAUUGAGACUUGAAAUAACGAUUAAACCAGAGGAAUGGCACUAUGCCCAAACAAAUAAUUACUACGAUAAUGAUUUGAUACACAAACACGAGAAACAUUAAUUAGGUAAAACUUAAGGAUAAACAAGAAAGAAAUAUUGAUAACGCUUAAUUCGCCGUUCGUUAUUUUGUCAUCUUACUUUUCUUUUUUUACUUUUCGUUUUAAAUUGUUUACCGGAGUUUGUUUUUCGAGAUGGAAAAUGAUAUAAACAGUGUUUGGUAUUCUGUGAGCAUAGAUUCCGUUGAUUGAUAUUGGAUCGUUAGAAAAAAAACAAAUUCAUUCAGUAUUUAUUUCUAUUCGUUAGGAACAUUAAAUCGAAAUUAUUCAAUUGAUCUUCCUUUUCAUUUUGUUGAAUUUGUUGUGAAGAAUAAAAGGAAAAUGAUUACAAAAAGUACAACAACGAUGAGCGAUCUUGUUCAAAUUCUAAGGAUUGACGUCGAUAUGUUUGCCUACAAGUUUUUCAUUAUAAUAUCCAUUUGUUUUUUCUUUCAGUUCAAUUCUGUACUGUUUAAGUAUUGAUAUGAGACGACAGGUGUUUCAUUUUUUCUCUUUGUAGAGGGAUAGAAUGAGAGAAGAUGAUGACUGAUAUAGAAAAAUUCGUACCCGGGUUUUUUCAAACAUUGUGGAUUGUUUUGUGAGCGAUUAUGAGGUAAUUGAGAAUUUAUAUUUCACUCUCUUGAAUAAAUCGCGUCAAAUCUUCCCUCAUGGUCAGUCCCAAAGUCACUGAAGGAGAAUGCCAUUUUUGGGAACUCAAGGAGAGCAAUUGGCAAUUGGUCUUAGUUUUUUUACUUGAAAAUUUAAAGAAAAUGAAGUUUCAAUUUUUAUAAUCAUGACAUGCGGCUCCACAUGCAUAAAAUUACUACGUAUUUUUUUUUAUUUUAAGAAAUAAAAAAAAAUCAUGUUCUCAUGAAUAUCUUCAUGACCAAAACUCUUAAAAGUUGAGAUAUCGAAGUCCUCAGCAGAGUUCACAUUUACUUUUAUCCCUAUGUUACGUAUGUGAUAUCCAAAAUUGAAUUGAAUCUAUCAAGAAUUCGGAGAAGAUCAUAGUCAUGCAGAUUUUAUGCCUGUGCAAGCACAGAGUCACCGAAAAAAAAUGAGACCUCCAUUUUUUCUCAUUCUUUGAGUAUAAAAAUGAACCAUAAAAUUUUUAAAACUCCUGAACUUUGCGAUUUUCAUCGAGGUCUCCCCUGAAGUUUAAAGAAAAUACAGAUUGGGCGGUAUAAAUUUUUAGUAUAAUUAAGCAAUAUUUUUUUACGUCCCGUGACGAUUGAACGUCUCUCUCUGGACACAUAGUAAAAUUAUUAACAAUCGAGAGAACGAAAUGGAAAUGAAAGGAGAAAGAUCAAUGCGUCUACAAUUAUCCUGUAUAUGAAUACCUAGUGCAAUUAGUGAUCAAAAUUUGUAUUUUGUUCGUUAAAAAAAUUACUUAACGAAGAGAGAAGAAAUGUCAUUUUCACCUCUUACCCUGUAUUUCUACGAAAAAAAAAAUACUAGUUACGAUAGAAAUAAGCCUUGCCAAAGCUCAUCGUUGUUCACAUUCUUUGAACUCGAGUUAUUUGUAACUUUUUGUGUAUCAAGUGCAUUCCUUAUGAAUUAAUUUAACGACAACAUUAAUCAUAACCGCAAUGAAACGUUAUGAAUGUACAUAAAAAUACGUAAAUCAUAGUUAUACCUUCACUCAUUAUUUUUUUUAUGAUUAUUUCAUCGUGUCCUCCCUCUCGGGUUUCAGUCCACUGCAACUUCUUUAUCCCAGUUGUGAGAUGUUACUGAAUAGAGACUUGAGACACGACUCACCAAUCUUUCAUUGUUCACUAGGCAGUCAAUGCCCCCUCACAGGUGCAUUGACAGGUUUAAAAAAAAAAUGAAAAAUGUCCAACAUUUUUUAGACUAGAACGAAAAAUCAUUUUCAUUUGACUGGUAGUGGUCAGUCUAGUGAACAUCUCGUCAUUUAGUGAUUUUAAUUUCUUUUUCGUUGUUUAUUGUUGUCAAUGAGUUUCAAUGGGCGAUUGAAUAAUUGUAAACUGCUUGGUCAAUGCAAAUAUUCUUCGAGCACAAGCGAUGUAAAUAGAACGAUUCAUAUACAGUUUUUUUUUUGUUCGAUUGAUCAGUGCACUGCGUAUGAUGGAGACUCAUGGAACAUUCAUGAUUAUCGAAAUGAUGUGAAUGAAAUGUAUUUGAUUCGAACGUGUGAUUAAAAUGAUACACAGAACUAACAACAGUGACGGGGAGAAUCCAUAAAUAGAUUACUGUGGUGUGUAUUUGUGGUAAAGAAUAAUUAGAAAUAAUAAUGAUAAUAAUAACUUCCGUUUUUUGUAACAUA